GCCAAAUGUCUGAUCCAUGUAAUUUCCAAGAUGGCGGUCCAGCGUAAGGUUAUAGACAAGGGCCUUUUGAAGAACGUUAUUCGACACACUGAUGCUCACAAUAAGAUUCAAGAGGAAAGUGAAAUGUGGAAGCAGUAUGAGCUGAUGAACAGUAAAAUUAAGGGGAGCAAUGCUACAUUGUCAAAUGACUCUAAACGGUACAAAGGGCAGAUGAGAUGUGAUGAUGACGACACUACAUUACCACCCAGAAGUAGUUAUUGGACACAACAACUCUUUGAUUUUGAAGCAAAUGAUUCUCAAAGAUGGGGUCAUGAGGGUUACAAAGAACUCUAUCCAGAGGAGUUUGAGAAUGAAGAUAAUAAGAAAAAAGCUAAAAAUUUUGAUGGGAAGAAAAGGAAAAAACAUAAAGUUGACUCAAAGAGCAAAAAACACAAGAAGAGAAAGAGAGAAAAGAAAGAAAGUGACUUGGAUUCAGAUGUAUCAAAUAAAGAAAGUGAGAAUAGUGAUGAACUGCAAAGAAAACGGCAAAGGACUAGUAAGGCUAGAAGCAAUGAACAUAGUUUGAGAAGAAAACAGCAAAAAGAUCGUAAAAAGAAGAGAAAAAGGCCAUCAGAUGAAGAAAAUUCCGGUAAAAGUUUAAGUGAAGAGAUGAGGGAACAGAAUAAAAAGGUGCAUCACAAACACAGGUCAAAAACUCGAAGAAAAGGGAAACUUGAAAAAGACAGAUAUUAUAAAAGUAACACUGAAAGUGACUCUCAUGACUCGAGAUCACACAGACGGGAAAAAUAUGAACGAAAUAAACACAAAGAGAAAAGAGUAGAAGAAAAACGUGGAAAAAAGAAUGAUUGAUCAGUUUGACUGGAUUGAGGGAAAAACGCGGUGCAAGAAGUGAGUUAGAAAAACAAAACGAGUAAAGGUUGCGUGACAUAGUUGCGUGACCAAUUAACGACAAUCGUUUCCAGAAAAAGUAUCAGCCGCGUAAUGUGUGAUUGUUUUGUGAGAGGGAAAAUGUAUCUUCCGACCGAUCUUUUUUAAAAUCGAAUAUACACGUACUGUUUUUCAAGAAACGUGUCUUUGCAUACUAAAUAAAAACUUUUUCGGUUUCAGUCCUGUUCGACUGUCAA